CGGCCGGGCAGGAGGCGCGGGAACUCCAGUGCGCGUGCGCGAGGGGCGCCUGCCCCUCCCCCUCCCGGCGCUGCUCGGUCGGCCGGGGCGCCGCGGGCUCUGCGGGGGAGCCGCGCCGCGGGAGCGUCAGGGGCAGGCUUCAGGAGACACACCCCACCCGGGCCGACUAUACUGAAGUUGGUGAGGAGGCUGCAGCUUCUUGGUCCGCAGCUGGACCCACGGGAGAUGGCCCCGGGGUCACCAGCACUGCUGCUGCUGUCGCUGCUCUCACUGCCUAGUCUCUCGCCCGGCGCCACUGGCUGCCCGGCGGCCUGCCGCUGCUACAGCGCCACGGUGGAGUGCGGGGCCCUGCGGCUUCGUGUCGUCCCGCCUGGAAUCCCGCCCGGGACGCAGACGCUAUUCCUGCAGGACAACAGCAUCGCGCGCCUGGAGCCAGGCAUCCUGGCGCCUCUUGCCGCCCUGCGCCGUCUCUACCUGCACAACAACAGCCUGCGCGCCCUGGAGCCAGGCGCCUUUGGUGCGCAGUCACGCCUGCUGGAGCUGGCACUCACAGGCAACCGGCUGCGUGGCUUGCGUGUGGGUGCCUUCUCCGGCCUGGCCCAGCUGCGCAUACUCUACCUAGCUGGUAACCAGCUGGUGCAGCUGCUGGAUUUCACCUUCCUGCACCUGCCGCGACUACAGGAGCUGCACCUGCAGGAAAACAGCAUUGAGCUGCUGGAGGACCAGGCCCUGGCUGGGCUCUCAUCCCUGGCACUGCUGGACCUCAGCAGGAACCAGCUGGGCACCAUCAGCCGUGAGGCCCUGCAGCCCCUGGCCAGCCUGCAGGUCCUGCGACUCACAGAGAACCCAUGGCGCUGUGACUGUGCCCUGCUCUGGCUAGGGGCCUGGAUCAAGGAGGGAGGCCAGAGGCUGCUCAGUCCCAGGGACAAGGUUAUGUGUGCAGAGCCCCCACGCCUGGCACUUCGGAGUCUCCUGGAUGUGUCUGGUGGUAGCCUCAUCUGCAUCCCGCCUUCUGUGCACGUUGAGCCGUUGGAGGUGACAGCCAACCUGGGUGAGGAUCUGCGGGUUGCCUGCCAGGCUUCAGGCUACCCGCAGCCUUUGGUAACCUGGAGAAAGGUGGCCCAGCCUCGCGAGGGACACCCACCGGCCCAGGCCCAGCCAGAAGGCCGGGCGCGGGGCCCAGGCGGACACGGGGCCUCCGACACGGGCAGCGGCAUGCUGUUCCUCACCAACAUCACCCUGGCGCACGCCGGCAAGUACGAGUGCGAGGCCUCCAAUGCUGGCGGCGCCGCCCGCGUGCCCUUCCAGCUCCUGGUCAACCUGUCCCGGCAGCAGCAGCUGCAGCUGGCACCGCCGCCGCCCCCGGAGCCCCUGCACGAGGCGGGCAGCAUGGCUUUCCGCGCCCUGGGCCUGGCCACGCAGACGACCGUCGUUGCAGCCAUCGCGCUCCUCGCCUUCACGGCGCUGCUGCUGGCGAGUCUGAUUUGCCGCAGGCGCCGCAGGCGGAAAAAGGCGCCGGGGCCACCAGGGGAGGGCGCGCUGUUCGUCAACGACUACUCGGACGGGCCCUGCACCUUCGCGCAGCUCGAGGAGCUCCGCGACGAGCGGGGCCACGAGAUGUUCGUCAUCGACCGCUCCAAGCCGCUCUUCACCGAGGGUCCGGCCGAGUCGGCCGAGGGAACCGCGCCGGGGCUCGCACAGGGUCUGCCGCUGCAGCCACCGGCCGCCUACGAGAUCCACUGUUGAGGGGCGGGGCGGGCGGCGCGUGCUGAUGACGUAAGCCCCGCGGAUUGGCCGGCCGAUGGGUUCGCCUCGCGCACGCUCCGGCGCGGUCAGUAAAGGGUGGAAGCUG